AUGGUCAGCGGCCCGGUCGGUGAGAACACCAGAGUCUACAUCGCCGCUGCCAACACUGCCGGCAUCUCCGGUGGCAAGGACAUUCCUGCUGUCUGCACCAACUGGGGAAUCUACCAGUAUGUGGACUUUCUGUUCGAUUCCAUCAACUCCAACUUUGUCGCCAGCAAGGUCUCGCGCCACUCUGAAGCCCUCAACAUGACCCUGCAGACCCUCACUCCAACUCAACAAGGCCAAGAGAGAUUGGCUAUUGUCCGCUCCGAGCUGGAUGAUGCGAAGAAUCAGGCUAUGCAGGACUUCAAAGACGAUGACAACCCGGACAAGCUCAAGGAGGCCGCCGCCAAUGAAGUUCAAAUGAAGACCAACGCCAUUGGUGGCGCUGGCUCCGCUCUUCUUGCCGAAGCUAUGAAGAGUGCCGCCAACAGGUCCAACACUCUGACUGAGCUGAAAGGAUACAACAUGAAGGCUAGCAUUCAGUCAGUCACUUACGAUGCUGCUGGAAAGCCCAUCCUUCCUGACCCGCUUGAGACCCAAUACGUACCUCAGUACUCCAUCUCGGGCUACGCUGCCAUGCUCGAUGGCUGGGUUGGCUUCUCAAAGAAGAAGCCGGAUGAGUUUGGCAUUAGCCUCUCCACCGGUCAGCAGUCUUCCUUCAAGGACAUCGGCUUCACCGAAGCUCAGGGCAGUGCUUCCUUCAGCGGAGUCCCCGUCUUUGACUUCUAUGCCAGUGGAGGUGGACGCGUUGAGCACUCCAACUUCCACAUGAGUUCCGACGCGACGGAUGUCAAGACCGUCCCAUUUGAACCUGGUUCUUGGAACGUCGAUGUCAAGAGCCUUAUGGCCAAGCUGGGAGCUAAGCCACCCGCCAUGUUCCAAAAGGUCCGCCCCACGCAGAUGCUCAUCGCCCAGGGCGUCAGCAUGGAGAUCAGCUUCGGCGGUGACGCCAAGACGGCUUUUGACCAGGACUACAAGAAGACGGUCCAAGCUGGCGGUGGUAUCAGCGUUUUCGGAUUCCGCAUCGGCUCUUCUGGCUCCUCUUCUGAGGAGAACGAGUCCCAUGGCAACACAUGGGACUCCAGCUCCGGUGUCCUCACCAUCAACGCUGAGAACUCUCGUGGGUCGGCCAAUGUUCUGGCUGUCAUGGGUGAGAUUGUCAGCGCUUAG